CGACAGACAAUCUCACAAGAGACAAGACAAAGUCCAAACAAUGGCGUACGGCGGUGCGGCGGUGGGCGCGCCACCAAUGGGCGGUUCUUCAUCAUCAGCGUCGACGGUCCGGCAAGUGAAGUUGGAGCGAGAGAGCGAGCUCCGAAUCGAAGUCGCAAACGACUCUCCUCUCCGCCUCCGCGUCCUCAACGGCACCGCUGAAAUCUUUGGCACCGAGCUCCCUCCCCAAAUCUGGCUCUCGUUCCCUCCCAGGCUCAAAUUCGCCGUUUUCACUUGGUAUGGAGCCACCAUUGAACUGGACGGCUCCACCGAAACCGACUACACUGCAGAUGAGACGCCUAUGAUCAGCUACGUUAAUGUGCACGCCAUUCUCGAUGGUCGAAGAAACCGUGCUAAAGCUUCAUCUUCUGACGCUUCCAAUGCGUCUCAGGCUCCUAGGGUGAUUGUUGUGGGACCUACAGAUUCUGGGAAGAGUACUUUGUCAAGAAUGCUUCUUAGCUGGGCAGCUAAACAGGGUUGGAAACCGACUUUUGUAGACUUGGAUAUUGGGCAAGGGUCAAUAACAAUCCCUGGUUGCAUUGCUGCUACUCCCAUUGAAAUGCCUAUUGAUCCAGUAGAAGGAAUUCCUCUUGAUAUGCCUCUGGUUUACUUCUAUGGACACACGAAUCCUAGUAACAAUGUAGAACUAUACAAGGUUCUUGUGAAGGAGCUUUCUCAAAUGCUAGAGAGACAAUUUGCUGGUAAUGCCGAAUCUCGAGCUGCAGGCAUGGUGAUAAAUACCAUGGGGUGGAUAGAAGGUGUAGGCUACGAGCUGCUGCUUCAUGCGAUUGACACAUUCAAUGUUAAUGUUGUAUUGGUUCUGGGUCAGGAAAAGCUUUGCAGCAUGCUCCGAGAUGUCCUAAAGAACAAGCCCAUUGUGGAUGUUGUGAAACUGCAAAGGUCAGGUGGUGUUGUAUCUAGGAAUGCCAAAUUCCGUCAGAAGGCCAGGAGUUACAGGAUAAGGGAAUACUUUUAUGGUCUUGCAAAUGAUCUCUCCCCGCAUUCUAACAUUGCAAAUUUUAGUGAUUUAUCAAUCUAUCGAAUUGGUGGCGGGCCACAGGCACCACGCUCAGCUCUGCCAAUUGGUGCAGAGCCUGCGGCUGAUCCAACAAGAUUAGUCCCUGUGAAUAUCAACCAGGACUUGCUCCAUUUGGUUCUUGCUGUUUCAUUUGCCAAAGAACCAGAGGAAAUUAUUUCAAGUAAUGUUGCCGGGUUUAUUUACAUCACGGAUAUUGACAUUCAGAGGAAGAAAAUCACGUAUCUUGCACCUUCUGCGGGUGAACUUCCAAGCAAAUAUCUGAUUGUGGGAACCUUGACAUGGCUCGAAACAUGAAGUAUCUAGGACGCAAAAUUUGUGACUUGCCGUUUAUAAUCAAAGCUGAUAAGGAUUCUAUGGUCUAUUGUUGUAAAUUACUUCUGCUGAUUUGCGCUGGGAGUGCGAAAGAUCAAAUGCCUUUGACACCACAAUUUUUGGUUUAACUCUGAAUUCUCGUCUAGUUUAGUGAGGUAGCUAUAGUUUCUAUAAAUUUCUGUAUAGCAACUCUGGACUCUUGUUGUCCUGCAAUCUAGAGGAAAAAAUUUCUUUCCAAAGUAACUUGUAGGCGUCGAAGAUACUAUUUUAAAGUGAAAUUUAUGUCGAGUCAUUGUCUGGUGGAAUUUGUUUGAGCAAAUAUCUUGUCGUUUUGGAACGAAGUAAUAUAUAAUCAAGCACGUCGUUUUCUUAUUGAAACUGG